UUUUUCUUUUUUAUUGUAUCUUAAUCGUUCAGUGAAUUAAUUCGUACAUUAAUUAGAGCAAGGUAAAUAAAAAAAAAAAGAAAAAGAAAAGAAGAAAAUAGAAAGAAAGAAAACAGAAAUCGAUUAAAGAUCACACGUAAUCGUUCUCGUAUUUCAUGAUUAAUAAAAAAACUUGUCAAACAUCCGUGACACGCGAUCUAUACGAGCGUCUACAACAUUUCUCGAUAUCAUAUUGAUUUCCGAUGAUCCACUUGGCGCGUGAUGUAUGAUUUUGUAAUCUUCUCAUAAGUAUGUACUACUGACUCUAUACGUGCACAGCACUCAAAGCGCGAUGACUAAACAAAUUCUUCGUAUGUUAGAGAAGCGAGACUCUCUCCGCAGUACCAUACUACAUAUAUCGUAGGAGUCUCUCUCGAGCCAAUGUAAGGUAUCAUGAAAGAAAGCCAAAGUGUUUGUCAGCUUUUUCAUUAGCUAAACAAGUACGAUGCAAAUGGUCUUGGCUGGUAGUAACAGAUUCUCGAUGGAGGAUAGCAACGGUCAAAGGAACAAGGAUUCGUGCGAUGUCAACGAUAAGAACAACGCUAAUCGUGACAAUAUGAACGUAGAAUCGGAAGGAAUCCUGACGAAAAAUUCUUCCGAUGAGAUAUUGCCUAAGAAUGUGGACAAUUGUAAAGAGAAACGAGUAACGCGUGAUGACGAAGAGGACGAAAGUUUAGAAGUCAAUUGUAAGGUAUCCGACGACGAGGAGACAACGAAAACAACUAAAAAAGACGAGGAAUCAUCGAGUUCGAGUACCUCGAGUUGUACGUCCGAAGACGAGUCUGAAACUAGUUCGGAGGAUAAGACGGAACCUCCGAAAACCGAGCCAAGUAAAAGUCUCGAUCAGGAAGCAGCGAAACAGACGGAAACGAUGACCAAUAAGAAUGAGGACACUACCGAUGACAGUGACAUCGAGGAUGAUCUCAUUUCGGCUAUCAAUUAUAAUACUAUUACCUCAUUGGCUGCCCUCAAGGAUAUGCUACAAUCUUCUGGCGAGGAUUCGGAUGGAGUUGACAGUUUCUUUCAUCAUUAUUUUCUCUCUCAUGUCAAUAGGCUACCAUCAAGAAAUCAAACUCAUAGUCCCUAUCCUUGGGGUAGAAGAUUAUCUGAAUGUAGAGAGGAAGAUGAAUAUGAAACAGAGGAAGGUAAAAAUGCAGAAACAACUAGCAAGAAAGAAGAAGCGAAAAACGAAGAAUCCCAAGAAAAUACUCGAGAAGCUAGCAUCUCUUCGAAAGGUUCGAGUCCAACAUCUUCAGAAAGAUCAAGUUCGGAAAGAAUUGAUCUCAAAUCGAAUCAAUCUUCGAGCAUCUCCGAAGCUAAAUCCGCAUUAACAUCCGCUAACACAAUGGUGGCGACAACGGUGACUCUGACAACAUCAUCGAUGACAUCAUCGACAACGACAACGACAACUAUAACUAUGGCAACGACUACGACAACUACACUGACCACAGCAACUCCAACUUCAACAGCAGUUACAACUUCUAGGUUUACCACGUCGACUGUGACGACAACAGUAACAUCACCAACGUCCACAACGAAACCACCUCUUAGAAGAAGACAUACUACUGGUCCAGGAAUGACUUUUCCUGCUACUGAUCCUCCAUCUUAUUCUAACAGUAUGACCUUCUCAAGAACUAGUCCAUUACCAAGUCCACACUUGGACAAGAGAUUCUUUGACAGUAGCUUGAUAGAAAUGAAAAGUCAAGCUAGUAGUUCUAGCACUCUUGAUUAUGAUUCUACAGAGGAAGUAUGGGUGCGUAGGGUUGACUUCAUACAGGAGAGGAAGAGAAAGGAACUUGGUUCACAGCCAUUGCCAACUAUUGUUACCGAAGAUGCUGAUACUAAUCAAGCUUCUAAUGAACAAGGCCAUAGGCCAAGAGCAGGUACCUGGGGUUCUCAUUCAAGACCUAUUAGAAAACCAGCACCUGGGAGUGCACCAGGAUCAGGAAAAUCCACUCCACUUCCCCAACAACAUCCUGAACCUUCAGCGUCCAGUUCGUCCAACUCGAGUAAGGGUGGUAGAAAGGCUUCAGGUACACGUUCAGGAUCCACUAGUCGUAGCAACAGUCGAAGUAAUAGUGCAGAACGUAGAAGAAGCGGUGGUGGUACAGUCGAUGACACAGCUAGUCCUACAAGAAAACCAGCUCUCUUCGAUGCCUUCAGACCAAGGAGCAAGUCUGAUGCCAGUAAAAGAAAGCCUAGUAUUAUUGCAAACAUGAAGAGUGCUGUGCAGCAUUCCCUUCACAGAGGAUCGCAUGGAAGCUCAUCGAGUGAUGUACACACCGAAAAGGAACACCAUAGAGAUGGUAGAGAAUCUAGAGAAUCCAAAGAACAAAGUAGUAGACCUAGAGCAGGAUCUGAAAGUAGCAGGAAUCCUGUAAGCAAAGUUAUGGAUUUGAUCAGACAUAGAAGCCAUAGUGCUCUUAGUGCAGAGGAUAAAAGAAAAGCGAGAGCAGCAGCCCAACAUCAAGCACAGGUAGCUGCACAAGGUGCAAUUAGAAGAAGUUCUUUAGAUCCUGGACCGAGAAGAUUAUCGUUAGGAACCCCAGCGAUACCACACAGAGCAUCAGAUGCGUGUCUUGAUCCAGCUCACGCUGCCAUACUCUUCAGAGAUGCACGAGGGCUACCAGUCGUGGACCCGUUCUUAGAAAAGGUUUCCCUCUCUGAUCUUGAAGAAGACGAGUCGCAGAUAUUUGUUAAAUUUUUCAAAUUUCACAAGUGUUACGAUCUGAUACCGACCAGUGCAAAAUUAGUUGUAUUUGACACACAUCUUCUUGUGAAGAAAGCCUUCUUUGCUCUUGUAUAUAAUGGAGUAAGAGCUGCACCUUUAUGGGAUAGUGCAAGGCAAGAAUUCGUUGGCAUGUUGACCAUAACAGAUUUUAUAAAAAUUCUUCAAAUGUAUUAUACGAGUCCGUCUGUUACAAUGGACGAAUUGGAGGAACAUGAAUUAGAUACUUGGAGAAAAGUAUUAAAAGAUCAAGUUCAUCCAUUAGUGAGCAUUGGUCCUGAUGCAUCUUUGUAUGAAGCUAUAAGAACUUUAAUACAGAAUAGGAUUCAUCGUUUGCCAGUAAUUGAUCCUGAUACUGGCAAUGUCCUUUAUAUUUUAACACACAAACGAAUAUUAAGGUUUUUGUUCCUUUAUAUUCAUGAAUUACCAAAACCAUCCUUUACUAAUAAAACGCUUAGAGAACUUAGGAUAGGAACUUUUGAUGAUAUAGAAACAGCAACGGAAGAAACUAGCAUAAUUUUAGCUCUCAAAAAAUUUGUUGAAAGGAGGGUCUCUGCAUUACCAGUUAUCGAUGCGGAAGGAAAAUUAGUUAAUAUUUAUUCCAAGUUCGAUGUUAUCAAUCUAGCAGCUGAAAAGACAUACAAUAAUUUAGACGUAUCGUUGCGAGCUGCUAAUGAACACAGGAACGAAUGGUUUGAAGGUGUUCAAAGUUGUAAAUUAGAUGAGACAUUAUUUACUGUUAUGGAAAGAAUUGUAAGAGCAGAGGUCCAUAGACUUGUAGUGAUAGAUGAGGAUGACAAAGUAAUUGGUAUAAUUUCUCUAUCUGACCUAUUGUAUUAUUUGGUUCUUAGGCCAUGUGGCGAGGAUAGCAUUAAUGCUAAAAAUGGUUCAUCGUUAAGAACACAAGAGUCAGUUACAUCCAAAGUUACAAAUUCUCAGGUUGAAACUACAACAAACGUUGAUGGUGAACCUGAAACUGAACAAAAUGAAACAGGUAAUAGUAACUCGAGAGACGUGCCCUCAACACCUACACCACCUUCCAGUCCACCAGCUUUAGAUAUUUCGGAAUCUUCAUCAACUAUUGUUAAAUCAUCUCAAGAAACAUCUUGGCGAGAAGUGACCGUAUCUGGUGGAGAAUGAAACAUUUAAUGUUUCACUUUUACAGUGAAAUUGUGUGAAGUAUAAAUACUAUUGCUUAACUUGUAGAUCAUCGUAAUUGCAUCAUGACAAGGAAAAAUUGAGGGAAAGUUGAAUCGUAUAAAUUUAUCACAUAGAAAGAGGGGGGGGAGGGAGAGAGGCAGAGAAAAUAAUGUUAUAUAGAGUAAUUUAAUUAGCGCUCAUGUUUUUUAGUUCGUGAGUAUACAAUAUUGAUCAUUGUUGUCUUUGUGGUUAAAAUUUGUAAGUUUAAACGGAAGAAGAACACCAGUCAAGAAUCACGACCUAUGUGGACCUAUCACUAGAUGUGUGAAAAUACGGUGAGACAUGCUCUGUAAUGUAUAAAAAUGUUUAAGAUUAGAUUUUCUAACGUGAUCGCUCUGUAAAUGGCGGUUAACGUUUGAGCUUCUCACUAAAGAAUGGUUAAUGAGCCAUUGUUCGCUCAGGAUAUGAAUUCUUCGUGCCCUUUUAAAAAGUCAUUACUAGGGAUGUUUUACAAUCAUUGUGAUAAAACGAGUAGUGAAAUAAGCCAUUAAUUACAUCUAUUCUUUAUUUCGCUUUCUUUAAAAUUAUAUUCUUUUGCAGGAAGAAAAGAAAUAUUCCGAUUUUAUAUAUAUAUAUAAAAUAAUAUAUAUAUAUAUAUAUAUUACUUUAUUAAGCUUCUAUAAUAUGCCAGAAGCAAAAUAAUAUCGAUAAGAAUAUUAAUAAUAUUCAACGAACAUGAGCGCUCGCUUUUGAGACACUUAUUACUGCUAUCAUUAAUUGAUAUUACAUUAAAGUUAACAAUUUCAUAUAAUAUAUGAACAAUCUUUCAAAUAAUUAAGCAAUAGCAACACAUUGUAACAAUACAUAAUGCUAUCAUAAAAAUAGAGGAAAAUUGAUUUUGUUGAUUAUUUUUUGUAUUAGUCAAAAUUGCCAAUAAAUGUGUAAUGAUAAAAUUGAUGAUAAAUGAAAGUGAAUUAUAAAGGAAAAGAAAAUAAAUUAUAAAAGAAAUAAAGGAAAGAGAGGCUUCAUGUUCGUUAUGAAACAUAUUUGCAAAGAAUGAGUCACAGGCAAAUAUAUAAAUUUAAAACGGAGAUAGAUAAAACACGAGUGUAGUACUCACACUUAAAAUCAUUCUCUUAUAACUGUAUUAAAAGUAUACAUUAUAAAUUA